UUCGUGAAGUUCGCAAUGGCAAAAGCAAGCAAAGCUCUUCCGCAAUACAUAGCAGGUCUGUCUGCCGGUUUCGGUUCCUUUUGCUUGGGCGCCACCAUCGGCUGGUCCGCGCCAGCCGAGAAAAUGAUCACCGAGGAUAUCGAAUAUGGAUUUGCCGUCUCUACCAACCAGUUUGGCUGGAUCUCGUCGUUGCUGACCUUGGGGGCCACCUGUGUUUGUGUGCCAGUUGGAUUUCUGAUCGAUAGGAUAGGACGAAAGCCAACAAUGUUAGCUUUGAUACCACCCUACAUGAUCGGAUGGGUAUUAAUGAUUUUUGCCAAAAACGUGGCCAUGUUGUAUUGUGGUCGUUUUAUUUUGGGAGUGUGUGGGGGUGCCUUCUGUGUAACCGCACCCAUAUACACCACCGAGAUCUCAACGCUCGCCACGCGAGGUAUGUUGGGUAGCUUCUUUCAGUUGCUCAUCGUUUUUGGAAUACUUUACGGCUACGUCGUGGGUGCUUUUGUCCAUCUACAGCUACUUAACAUAUUGUGCGCGAUUCUGCCAAUGAUAUUUGCCGCUUUCUUCCUCUUCAUGCCCGAGUCGCCAGUCUACCUGGCGCUUAAGGGCCAGAAAGAAGCUGCGGCGAAAUCGUUGGCUUGGCUGCGCGGAAAGCACUACGAUGUGGAUGACGAGCUUAAACAGAUUAUGAGUGGUGUGGAGCAGAGUGGAUCUAAGACAGGGAUUGCAGCUGCACUAAAACGGCCCAUUACGCUAAAGGGACUUGGCAUCGCUGUCUUAUUGCAAAUCUUUCAGCAACUAACUGGCAUCAAUGCGAUCGUAUUCUACUCCACGUCGAUAUUUGCUGAUGUCGGAGCAGGCCUGAGUGCUUCUAUGUCUACGAUUCUCAUAGGCGGCACACAGGUGGUGAUGACUUUGGUUGCAGUCAACAUUAUCGACAAAGUUGGACGUCGCAUACUGCUCGCCAUAUCCGCUUUUUUUAUGGCACUAACCACAGCACUCAUGGGUGGCUAUUUCCAAAUGCGACAAAACAGUGAGGAGUCUGUUGCAUCUCUUGGCUGGCUACCUAUCUGCAGCAUUUGCAUGUUCAUCAUCUUCUUUGCCAUAGGAUUUGGUCCGGUCCCUUGGCUAAUUGGUGCGGAGUUAUUCUCAGAGGAUGUUAAGGCAGUGGCAGGAUCAGUUGCGGGCACUAGCAACUGGCUAAUGGCCUUUGCCGUUACCAAAUUGUUCCCCAUACUCCAGAGUUCGUUAGGCCCGGCACCAACAUUCUGGAUCUUUACAGUCAUAGCCAUUAUGGCGUUCAUCUAUUCGUUGCUGUGGGUGCCGGAGACAAAAGGCAAGACGCUCAAUGAGAUACAAGAAAUGCUAGGCUCCAAGAACAGCUAGGAGAAGAGUAGACCAAAUAAACUAUGUACGUAAUUGAAAAGUAUUGUUGAUAAAUCUAAUAUGAAAACAUUUUGUUAUUUCAUUCAAUAAAAAUACGUUUAGUUGCUCAAGUGAAA